AUGCCAUGCCUCGGGUCGAAUCAAUUGCUAGUACAGACCGACAACGAGUCGGCGACCGAACUGGAAGACUUUUUCUUCCUGCUCCAUCCGGCUUGUCUGUCAGUGGAUGGGACGGGAUGGCGUGGGUGCCCGCUUGUGCUUGUGGGCGGCAUGGCGGCUGGCAAAUGCUUCGGAUCCCAAAAGGCGGCGGGGAAAACGAUGCGGGCGCAGGAUGGAUGGCAGGGUCGCACAAACGAGCAUGGAGAGCUCCAGCGGUCAUGCAUGCCAGCUCUCCCCAGCUCCGCGACCGAGUUCCCAAGCAUCUGUGUCGUCAGCUUGCGAAGCUCCAGCUCCAUCCGGUAG